CUAUAAGAAGCUAGUGGUGAGAAUUUGCGUAAAUACAAAAUCCCCCAACAAUGGCUCAAAACCAGCAACUUGUGCUCUCAGGAUCCCCUUCAUUGAGAACCGGUGGACUGCAUCCUGCCCGAGAUCUACUACGCCUACAGCAAGCCUUCCAGGCCUUUGAUGCAAAUGGAAAUGGCCUAAUCUCAGCUCUGGAGCUGGAGGGGAUCAUGAAGUCACUUGGUUGUGAUUCAAGUAAGCAUUUGCCAGAGGAAAUCAUGAAGCAAGGGGACCAAAAUAGGGAUCGGUUGGUUAGCAUUAAUGUCGGGGAUAUUUUUAAAGACGUUUUUGAAAAGUUGGAUCUGAAUGGAAAUCGAGUGGUGAGUGACGAGGAGCUCGAGGGGUUGGCACCAGAGGAGGGCCAAGAGCUCAUGUGGCUAUUCAUUGGGAUGGGAUGCUGUCCGGACUUUGAGGAUUAAAGCUCCUAGCUGGUGCACUAACCUGAACACUAUAGUUUGAUGGUAACAUAAUGGAAGAAUGUAUAAAAAUAGAUCAUGAAGAUCUUAUAUGUACAUAAUAAAAGUUCAGUUUCAGUUUCAUAAAAAUGCAGCUUAGCUUCUCGAUCUAGUUUAUGUUUACAUAAUAGAAGUUCAGUUUCAGUUUCAUAAAAAUGCAGCUU